GAUUCCGACCAACUACCGUCAGUCGUGCCCCGGAGUUCACCCACACCCUCGGCGUGGCCGCUUCUUUCGCCGAGAAUUCGGCUCAGAAAAAAAAACAAAAAAACAACUCGCGCCAAUUUCCAGAUCCUGACCAAUCGAAUCAAUUCGCGCCUGUCAGUUCGUCACUCCUACGAUUUUACUCGGCAAUUUUCAUCUUAAUUAAAAUUAUUCCCAACUUGUGAGAAUUCUGCUGAACCAUCCAAACUUAUGCGUUUGCCUGCACAGUGUGUCCAAUCCCUCGCUUUCCCAGUGUCUUUUCCCUUGCUCGAAAAUUUUAGGAUUCUUGGCGAACUUUCCUGUCUCUUAAUUUCUUGCCUAUUUUAAGAUUAAAAAAACACUCAACUCGUGAAAAUUUUUGGCUGUGUCAAAGUGUACCGCUCUAUCGCUCCUUAGUGUGGUCGUAUCUUUACCCUGGUGGUGCAGCCCCAUGCACGGUUUUCCGUCUAAGCGAGUAAUCGCAGAAUUUACGUGCCUACUCCUGCUUUUCCGCUGAUGCUUGGCUCUUCGCUCUUCCCCAAUUAUCGGCUUCUGGCAGAUGCCAUUUCCGCUAUUGGAAUUCCAGCAUCUCUGCGGUUAAGCCGCGCACACUCUCGAGAACACGUGGUGGUUUCUUUCUUUUCAGCUCGUCUUUUUUCUCGCUGAAAUUUGAGCUCAAAUUUUCCGCGCGGUUUCGAGGUCACUCAUUUCGGACGGUGGUGUCGAAUGGAGCGCUCGGCUCGUGCGGACUACAGUGUGUGUGUGCGUUACAAUUUUCGUCGUUUAGAGUGCGGGAAAAUAACGAAUAAACAGUAAACAAUAAUUUUUUUUUUUUAAAGAAAAAAAGCGAAACAAAAUUUUGUGGAAAUAAGUGUAGAAAAAGUGUUUUUACCUUCGGUUUAUUUAUUUCAAAUUGGAACAGAUUCGAAGCAAGAAUAUUUAACUGAUGUACGGAAAAAGGCUAAAGCUCCUUCCCAUUUCCAAGAAGAGUCUCCGAUAAGACGGAUAAGGCUCAAGUUUUCACCAAAACAGCUCAACUUACUAUCAGAGAGAUAGUAUUGAUUGAGUGUUUAAUGAAACUAUUCAAUUUAAAACAUCUUACGCGUGAAAAGUGAAUGUGAUAAAACUAAGAAAGUUUCACUGUAAUUCGAAGAAAAAUCUUUAGGUUCUAUCCAUUGAACCAAAAUAAUUAAAACUGAGACAGUUUCUUUUUAAUUCGAAGAAAAAUCCUUAGUUUCUAUCCAUUAAACCAAAAUAAUACUGUCAGACAAAAGCUUUUCUUUUGCCGCUGCAUGAGUGUAGGUCUAAACGUAAGAAACUACCUUAGGUGGCGCGUAAAACUAGCGUUGCAGGACUCUAUUUCGUGGUGAAAUUCAACUUGGCAGCGAUGAUGUUACCCGAAGAACCGUCAGUCGUCGCCACCGUGGCCGAUGUGUCGGAGCACCUUCCGCUGAAGGCGAUGGUAACCCCAGACGGGAUGCUGGAGGCAAAGGUCCUGGCGAUGGUGGUGCUCGGGGUCGUGGCGGCAGUGAUCGCCUUCUUGCCGCUGCUCUUCGCGGCCUACGUAGACCGGCGCUCGGCCAGCGGGAAGCCCUACGCGAGUCGCUUCUUCAACGGGGAGUUCUCCUUCAUGUUCCCCUUCGGCGGAGGGGUGCUCCUCUGCACCAUUUUCCUCCACCUCCUCCCCGAAGUCACCGAGAACGUCGAGUCUCUCACGAAACUCGGGAUUCUUCCGGAAAUACACAUCGCACUUCCGGAGCUCCUCACCUGUUGCGGAUUCUUCGUCAUGCUCUUCGUGGACGGUAUAACGCACUCCAUCCUACACAGGUACUUCCAUCCGAAGCCGUCGCCGUCUCCCCACCUGCGGAAGAUCUCCACCGUGCAGGACACGCAACUCCAACUGCCCGCCGCGAACGGUGAUGGCGCGGAGGGUCUGCGGAACCGGGGUCUCGAACCCGGGACUGCGGAGCCGAAACCGCACGACCACGACCAUCACCACCAUGAUCACAGUCAUUCGGUGACCCAUAUGGACCACCUGAUCAUCUCGAAGGUGUCCCUGGUGCGGUGCUUCCUCUUCGUCCUGGCCCUCUCCGUCCACGAGUUCUUCGAGGGGCUCGCCAUCGGCCUCGAGUCCCGCGUCAACGCUGUCUACUACCUCCAAGCCGCCGUGGCCAGCCACAAGUUGGUCAUCGCCCUCUGCAUCGGCGUCGAGAUGGUCACCACGAGGAUCAAGUUCGCCUCGGCCUGCACGUACAUCUUCACCUACGCCGCCGUGUCCCCUGCUGGGAUCCUCGUCGGCAUGUUCAUCCUCAACGACGCCAGCAGCGGGAGCGAGGUGAACCUAAUCGCGUCGGCGCUUCUCCAGGGCCUCGCCACCGGGACGCUCCUCUAUGUCGUCUUCUUCGAGGUCCUCACCAAGACCAUGAGCAAAAGCGAGACCGGGUUGAUGAAGAUGUUCGCUAUACUCGUAGGGUUCCUGGCCAUGCUCGGCCUGCAGCUCUUACUCGAUGAGGAUGAAGAUGAUUAAAAAGAAGGAGGAUUAAAGUUAAUGGAUUGAGUGCCGGAUCAGGUGGAGGGGGGAGACUCCUCUUUGCCCCCCCCCCCCGCUCUUGCAUUGAUCCGGAUCCUGCCAAUAGGUGUACUAGUCAAAGUUUUGGGCAAAAAUGGUUUCCGGGAAGUUUGUCACGUGCCUUAUAAGCUGCCUUUAACAGAUUGCACUAUUUUUGAAAAAUGGCACAGAAACAUUGGUUUUCAGUGCUGUUUAGAUUUCUUUUCUUUUCUUCGCGCUGGUGCGCUGAUGUAAUACUCAUCUUGUUUUUUUUCCUAACAAGCAUUCCUUCAUUGUAAAUUGUUGCAUUUGUAGAUCCUCUCCCCAGAAAGCAGAGGGACUAUAACUACUUGUGACUACUCAUUUUUUGAAAAUAAAGCAGAUUCUUUCAUACUACCAA